AUGAAAUCCCUAAGAAAACUGCUCUUACUUGACUGUAAGAUUAUUUGCCCUGGCCACGGCCCUUUGAUCACAGAUCCAAAAGCGAAAAUUGAAGAAUACAUUGAACGACGGGAAAAACGAGAUGGGCAAAUCUUAAAUUACCUCCGUGAGGUGGAGCGAGCGAAUCCUUUGGAAGUGACGAGAGCCCUCUUCAAAGGCCUUCCACGGAACGUACAUGUCGCCGCUUUUCGAUCUAUUCAGUUACACCUGAGAAAAUUGGAACACGAAGGGAAAAUCAGAAGAACGGGUUUUGUAGACUACGUCCUCAUUUCUUAG